UUGGGGGAGCAAGGACCUGAGGCAGUCAUUACUCUGAAACAAGUGCCUGGUGAUGUGUUCUGCCUCUCUGAUGUUUCUAAGGAACAAAAACUCCUACCAGAGUUCUGAAGACUCUAGGAAACACUGCUUUCUAGCUGUAUUUUAGUGUCAAUUUUAUGCCAGGUUUUUAGGCAAGUUUUACAUCAGAAAGAAUUGAGGACCCCAGCAGCAACCUUUAGAUUUUGAAGAUUCUUGUCCUAUUUCUUAUGAUUCACGGUAUGCCGUUCUUUCCUUAACAAACCUCCCUUAAGUGAGGGUAAAGACAGGAUCCCUAACGGGUUAAUUCGGAGACAACCACAGAGAGGAAUUUCCUAGAGAGCCCAGGAAGUGGCUUUGAUUCCCCGCGAGGCUUCCUAGACCCCAGCCUCAACUUCUCUCGUGUGUCUGGACAGUGUUCACUUUCACCCCAAGGACAUCCUUUGAGAAUAUUUAUUGUGGGAUUAGAGUGGGGUGUAGAGGAGUAUGCUGCACAAGGCACGAACUACUGGAGAGAUCUGUGCAGUUGCGUCUCAGGAAAGAUCUGGGCCCCUGGUAUGAGAGGAGGGAACCAUUUCCAGUUUUACUGGCAAAUAGUUCCCAUCUUUCAUGAAUUCUCCGAAGAUAUUCAACGGGAGCUAGAGUGUGAUUCAAGUACUGCUUUUGCUUGGGAUGGCUAGAGAACGGAGAGAAAAAACUGCCCUGGAAGCCCACUCUGCAGAAGAGAAGAUGGGGAUUCUGACUGUGAAGGUGGAGAAGGAGGAAUUCGCCUCGGUUACUGAGGAGAGCGCACCCGGUAGCCUCGCCUGGGGCAAGGAAUGUUCGCGCCAGCGCUUUCGUGCUUUCUGUUAUCCGGAAGCCUCAGGCCCCAGAGAGGCGCUGAGCCGGCUCCGGGAGCUCUGCCGACAGUGGCUGAGGCCUGAGAUGUAUAGCAAGGAACAGAUUCUGGAGCUGUUGGUACUGGAGCAGUUCCUGACCAUCCUACCUGGGGACCUGCAGAACUGGGUGCGGGAGCAGCAUCCAGAGAGCGGGGAGGAGGUGGUGGUACUGUUGGAGUAUUUGGAGAAGCAUCUGGAUGAACCCACACCUCAGCCUCCCGGUGGCCACCAGGGGCAAGAACUGCUCUGUUGCAAGGUGGCAUUGUUGACACCAGUUCAAGAAUCACAAAAUAGCCAAUUCCAACCAAUGAAGGCUCUGCUCAAGCAUGAAUCUCCUGCAUCCCAGCACUUACAAGACAGAGUUCUCCAGGUUCCUGGACUUUCUCAGGGAAUCAUUUGCAGAGAAGAUACCCCAGUAGCUGCCAGAUCCACUCCACAGUCCCAGAGGAUGCUGAAAAUGGAAAACGUGGCCCUGACCUUCUCUCCUGGUUGGACACAGCUGAAUUCAUCCCAAAUGAACCUCUACAGAGAUGAAAGGCAGGAAAACUGUGGACACCUGGUUUCCCUGGGUGGUAAAAUACAGGCUACAAUUCAGGAUUUGCCUCCAGCAAAGGAACAUCUAGAAAAGCCUGGGCAGAAAUUGUACCAUCUUGGUGAGGACAUUGCACAGAUCUCUGCAGGUACAGAAGCUGGUGAACAGGAUGAGGGUGGGUUGCAAAGAAAGCAGAAAAAUGCCACAGGGAGUAGGCGACACAUUUGCCAUGAAUGUGGAAAGAGUUUUGCUCAGAGUUCAGGCCUGACCAAGCACAGGAGAAUCCACACUGGAGAGAAACCCUAUGAGUGUGAAGACUGUGGGAAGACCUUCAUUGGGAGCUCUGCCCUUGUCAUUCAUCAGAGAGUUCACACUGGUGAGAAGCCAUAUGAGUGUGAAGACUGUGGCAAGGUCUUCAGUCACAGUUCAAACCUUAUCAAACAUCAGAGAACUCACACUGGGGAGAAGCCCUAUGAAUGCAAUGACUGUGGGAAAACCUUCAGCCAGAGCUGCAGCCUCCUUGAACAUCACAAAAUUCACACUGGGGAGAAGCCAUACCAAUGUAAGAUGUGUGGCAAAGCCUUUAGGCGUAAUUCACAUCUUCUGAGACAUCAGAGGAUCCAUGCUGAUAAAAAUCAGGAGCCUGAGCAUGGAGAGGCCUGGGAAGGUCACAGUAGGAUGGAAAGCCAGUGGGAAAAUGUUGGAACUCCUGUGUCUUAUAAAUGUAAUGAGUGUGAAAGAAGUUUUACUCAGAAUAGAAGCCUUAUUGAACAUCAAAAAAUCCAUACUGGUGAGAAACCCUAUCAGUGUGAUGCAUGUGGAAAAGGCUUCACCCGAACUUCAUACCUUGUUCAACAUCAGAGGAGCCAUGUAGGGAAAAAAAUUCUGUCUCACUGACUAUACAUGCCAAAGUUGGGGCUUAUUUGUAAUUCAACUGAAGCUAGCCUGGAGCACUACAGAAAUUGUAGGCCAGGGCUUUAUUUACCAGUGCAUCAUCAUGUGUUAGGAAACAAUCUGAGAUGAAUUAUCUUCCACAUUAUAGAAAUUGGUUGGAACCAAACUUUUUUGAGGAAUGUUGUCUGGAAAAUGUAGACUUAAAGUGUUUUAUUCUUACCUAUUGGACUUAAAUGGCCUUUCAGAAUAGCUAAAUGCCACAGCAGUAUUUUUGUUUUCUCCUGGAUGGAUAAUUCUUAAUCUGGGGGGCUGCUGCUCUUACCAUUCAUUUUCCAAUAAUGAAUCCUUCAUGAGUAGGUCAGGUUCAUGAGAUCUUUUACCCCUCAUUGUGCCUUGCAUAUAGGUGCUAAUAAAUAUUGACUGGAUGUAUCUGUGAAAUGAUCUGCAUAGCUCUGGAAAUCUGUGUCUAGAUUUCUGAGAGAUUUGUAACUAAUGCCAUUUGUGUUUUGUCUGAUUCUCAGAUUCUAGAUUCUGGGUCAAUACUAUGUAUUUGUGCCAAGUAUAUAGUAUUGCCAGAUUUGGGGUGGGGGAAUCCAUAUUUCUUCAUGAGGAUAGUACUAAUGGUAAGAAUGCUUUAAACAACUUCUUAAUGAUUAAGAUAUUGGGAGAUGGCUUCAUCCAUAGAAUUGUAUUAUUGCAAUCAGGUUUGCUACUCUUUUGCAUUCAGGUAAAUAAAAAUUAAUUUAUUAAGUCAGGUAAAAUGAUUAUGAAUUUUGAUGUAAAUUCUCUAAUGUUCAACAUCUUCUUUGUCACCUUUUACAUAUCUUGGGCCUAACCAAGUUAUAAGAUACCCUGUAUAUUCUUCUCCCCCUACUUAAAGUCAACUGCACAAAGGCUUAUGACAGCUAAGCUUAAACUUCCUCCAGGUCAGAGCAAUCUCAUUAAAUAUUUAUAAUUAUUAUUUGUGGCUUUAAAACUUCCCUGUGGGAUGGGAAUAGGAAAAUUGGAUUAGUGGCAGGUUAUAUGAAUAGAAACCCAACUGUAGGUAGAAGCACAUUGAGAAUCUUGAGCUUCUAAAGAAAAGAACUCUACAAUAUCCAAAGAAUCAACAUAUGAAAUCAAGACUCAAAGCUGUGAGUUAAACAUGAGAAACAAGACUUUUGUGAUAUCCCUUAUUUUCCACCCAAAUCACCUCUGUUCUUCAAAGACUGAUAUCAUCUUCUUAGGUGCUUAAGUAUAUCACUAGCCUCCAGCCUUGCCAGACUAUGUCAUAAGUGGAUUCUGCUUCUGAUAACUGCCUGACCAUGUUUUAUUCACCCAACAGCAUAGUGUUCAUGUCUGUUCUCAAGUGCCAUUUCUGGAUUCCUGCUCUGAAGUACUGCAGGCUGAUUAGGUACUUUCAAAACAGAAGGGCUCUUCAUUUAAUAAUCCUCUAUUUAAUCUUUCGUUGCCUUUAUUAUCCCCCAUUUUAGUCCAGUUUAAACUUCUUUAGUUUCCAAAUCUGUAGACUUUCUCUAAUUAAUCUUGUCUAGCUUUUCAAAAUUUCAUUUUAAAUUAACCUUACCAGCUGGCCAUUUCCUUUUGUCUUAUAAUCUUUACCUUUUCUAAAUUUUUGCUAAUCUUAGAAUGACUUUUAACAUUCAAAUUCAUGAUGGGCUAGUGUUUUAGUCAGCUUUUUCACUGCUAUGAUUAAAGGAUCUGACCAGACAAAUUGUAGAGGAGGAAAAGUUUAUUUGGAGGCUCACAGUUUCAGAGAUUUCAGUCUAUAGACAGUGGGAUGCAUUCCUUGGGAUUGGAGGUGAGGCAGAACAUCAUGGUGGAAGAGUGUGGCAGAGGGAAGCAGCUCACAUGAUGAUGAUGAUGAUGAUAAGAGAGAGAGAGAGAGAGAGAGAGAGAGAGAGAGAGAGAGACUCUACUCUGCAGAUAUAAAACAUAUACCCAUAGCUAUGCCCCCAAUGAACCACUUCCUCCAGCCAUACCCCACCUGCCUCCAGUUACCACUCAGUUAAUCCCAUCAGGUAUUCACCGAUUAGGUCAUUUCUCCUCCAAACCUUCUUGUACUGUCACACAUGUGAGUUUUGGGAAACACCUCACAUCCAAACCAUAAUAGCCAGCAACUGUAUUUUUUUUUUCUUUCUCGUUUGGUACUGGGAAUUUAACCCAGGAAAAUCUACCACUGACCCAUGCCCUCAGUCCCUUUUUAAUUUAAUUUUGAGACUAGAUCUGGCUAAAUUGCCCACGUUGGACUCAAACUUGCAAUCCUGCCUCAGUCUCCUGAGUAUCUGGGCUUACAGGUGAGUGAUAUCAAGCUCAGUGGUAUUUAACUAUUUCUGGGAAUUACAUGAAGAGAGGCAUGUUAUAGAAACCAGAAAGCAAUACAAAUAUAAUUCUGAAAUUAAUAGAGGACCCCUGGACCUCCUUUCACUCUUCUGGCCCUAAAAUCUCUGUAGAGGAGAGGAAUGUCAUAGAAAAGUAUUUUUAGUACCUACUAUGCUAGACAGUGGAAGGGAUAAAACGUACAUACCUAUAUACUUAGGUUUUUAUUAUGAUAAGUUUGACAAGAUUUGUAACAGAGAAGAUAGUACACUGAGAAAUAAUCUUGUGAGUGGUAAGCUGAAGGCUAUAGAAGUUCAGAGAAAGGAAAUACUACUUGUGGGGUAUGACUAAUUAUUAUAUGGAUAGGAUGACAUGUUUAGUUGAAAAGAUCAUGACUUUGUUAAAUUCAGUAAAUAAGGCAAGUUUGACGAAUUAGGUAAGGGAGCCAGAGCAAAGAGUUUAAACUUCAUUCAGGAAGUACUAGAAAACCACUGACAUUUUAUGAUCAAGAUCUUAUCUGGGAAACUAUUUGACAGUAUUAUAUAAUUUUACAAAGUUGUGAAAGUCUGCUUAUACAAAUAAGAAGUGUUACCUAAAAAUGAAAUUAUUUUACUUUGGGGCAUGCUGGUACACACCUCUCAGUGACUCAGGAGGCUAAGGUGAUAGGAUCACAAGUUGCCUUAGCAAUUUAGCAAGGACCUAAGCAACUUAGUGAGAUUUUGUUUCAAAAAGGGCUGGGGGUAUACCUCAGUGGUAGAGCAUCCCUGUGUUUAAUCCCUAGUACUACAAAAAAUAAAAAAUUAAAAAAUAAAAUAUUUUGCUGAUAGUCUUUUAGACACUCUACUUUUGUAUAAGAUAAAUGUGUCUUUAUAAAUAAGUGAAUUAUAUCUCUGGCCUUUUUUAAAUACUGGGGAUUAAACCCAGGGGUACUCUACCACAGAGCUACAUUCUCAGUCCUUUUUAUUUAUUUAUUUAUUUAUUUAUUUUGAUAUAGGGUCUUGCUACAUUGCCAAGGCUGGCCUCAAAGUUGUGAUCCUUUUGCCUCAGCUUCCCCAGUCACUGGAAUUAUAGGUGUGCACCACCGCACCCACCUUCUCUAGACUAUUUAAAGGAUGAGCAAAAAGUCAUCUUCAAAUAAAAUUGAAAAUUGAGACCUAGUAAACUGCUUAGCUAAAAAAAUAAGCAGCUUAUAAAGUAUAAAACAAUAAACUAUUCAUGCUUUCUUAAGUUGAUUUUAGGAAUUUUAGCAUUGGUUAGCUGGCAUUCUAUUUCAUUUCUCCUGGUCUUGGGAUGUAGCUCAGUGGUAGAGUGCUUGAUUAGCACACACCAGGGCUUGUGUUCAAUCUCCAGCACCAUAAAAAACCAAAUACACAAAUUCCAUUUCUCCAACUGAAAGCCAGGUAAAACCCCUCUACUUCUCCCCUCUGCUACUUAGGUAGGAUGAAUGGUUAUAACAAAAAUAACUUUUGAUGAAGAGUCCACCUAGAUUGGUUCUUAAUUUUGGCAAAGAUGUGUGUAAUGCUGCAGAAGACCUUUUCUGCCUCUUCCUUUGAUGGGAGAAAGAAUAAUAGGAGUGACAACUUAUUUCACAAAGUUGUAAGGGUCUGCUUAUACAAAUAAGAAGUGUUACCUAAGUACUCUCAAAAUGUUAAUAAUUGAUAGAUAACUGUAAAUCACCUUGUUAGCUGAAACCUCCAUAUUUUGGAAUCAUAAAUGUUUAAUAAUAAAGACUACAUUUGAAAAGUA